AUGGAGAAAAAUUUAAACUUGCACCCUGUGGAUAUUGGAAAAAGCAACAACUACAAUGUGAUUCUUAAGUGUCACCUGACGAUCAGACAAGAGCACCACCAUUCUCACCACCACUACCACCACUACCAGCCAAUCAUCAACAUAACGCACCACGUGGGUUCCUUGGUUCACCUACCAUGUGACCUUAACCUUUCCCUGUUCUUCCUGAAUACGAGCAGUCACGUGAUAGCCUGGAAGAAGCAAGACCUCGGUAUUCCCAUUAUUGUCAUUUUUAGUGUGUUUCCACCGCGGAUCGAAGAAGAAUAUCAGGUGCACAAAAAGGGGAUUGAAAAAACGAUAUAA